AUGGCUGGUCCCGGCGGCGGUCCUCCCCGACGAAGCCACACCAAGUCUCGCAAGGGUUGCGAAACUUGCAAGAAGCGGCACAUCAGAUGUGACGAGAGUUUCCCUCAGUGCAAGAACUGCACCAAGCACAAGAUCCGAUGUCCUUACAACGACAUUCCCGUCCAGGAGGCUCGCCCCAAUGGCCCUCCGGAUCUGAUGUGGACGCCCGAGGUCGAGGCAGCCAUCGAACAGUGGCGUCUGACAGGCAUCUUUCCCUUUGACCUCGAUGUCAACCCUGUCCCGGCACCGCAGUACUACACCUUCGAGGAGCUGCGCUUGAUCCAUCAUGUCGCCUCCAUCAGCUCCCAGUUGAGUGCUCUUGACGCCAACGGAUUCACCCUGUGGACCUCCAAGAUUCCAACUCUCAUCGGAAUCGGCACGACGCACCGUUUCGUCAUGGACGCGCUCUUGGCAUUCUCCGCAGAGCACCUCUCCAGUAUCACCGGUUGCCCCAUGGUCGGCAAGAUGGCCUUCGAGCACCGCGGUAACGCUCUGACUGGGCUUUCGAAGGCCAUCAACGCCUUUUCUCAGGCCAACUCUGAUGCUGUACUGGGUGCAACUCUCGUGCUCUCUUGGCAAGCGACAGAUUGGCGCAGCUGGACACAUCACAUGCAGGGUACCCGUGGCAUCAUAGAAUUGAUGGAAUCAUGGAAGGACAAGUCUCAGUUCGCCGAGUUCAUGGCCGAGACCACCACUUUCCCGACAGCUCCUCCGUCGCCUACGCCCGAUCACAAGCCCAGACUGCCUUCGAAAGAUGACGUCGAGCCUUCCCUGUCUCGCAUGCUUCAGCACCUGCAGAAACUCGAGGCUCAGCUGAAGCAAAAUCGAGAGGACACUAAGCUCGUCGCUCAACUGGUCAGCUUCCUCAAAGGAACUCGCAAAGUGGACCCCGCCUUGCAGGUAGCCGAUCAAUUCGAACGUCUCAAGCCGCUGAGGGACUGGCUUUUCUGGCUACCUGUCAUGCAACUUCAGCAGACGCAGGCUUCCCCAAGCGCGCUGAUUAUCAUCGCGCACUACUACGCCGUGGCUCUACUGAUGGAGCGCAUGUUUCCCGAGAUCGGCGCUGCCUACUUCGGCAGUCUCUCCAUCGGCCCUCUGGAAGACAUUUCUCGGCGCCUUAAAUCUAUCAGCCUGACAUACGGGGAGCAUCAUCCCGAGUUGCAGUCUCUGUUUCAGCUAAUGGACUACGCCACCCAAUUGGUACAGGAGUUCCGCAAUCGGAUGGGUUGGUACGCACCGGCACCUCCGUCUCCUUUUGGUAUCUACGAAGACUUCAGCCUGCCCAUGACAACAGCACCAAUGCCAGAUGGCCUUCGAUACGCUGAGAACCCGAUUUUCAGCUACAGCACCGAGAACUUGUCCAUCAAGACUGAGGGCAGUGCCCCGGGGGUCCCCGUCAGCCCCAUGGCCAUGCCGUCUCCGUACAGCAACCAACAGUAUCUGAACAUUCCUGCUCCAAUGAAUGGAUGUUACAGUCCUGUGUCAAGCACUUGCGAGGCCUCCAGCGUCGGGGAUGACUUUUACGAGGCGUCUCCGGUCUUCUACAGCGACAACGAGGAUUAUGGCUCCUACGAUAUGGGUUUCGCCGGCACCCACUCCCACCUGGGCGGGCCUUACGGCGUUGGGUUCGUCACUCCACAACUCCAGCCUGUGUGGAACUAG